AUGCUGCCCAUCCGUCCUACACGUGGUGCUCAACUGACGUCUAUGGGACUAGGACACCACUUUCGAGGAACAGAUGUACUGGGUGGCAAACCAACAUCCACGAGGUUGUUUCCAUGGAAGACGCUCCCAUUGGAGCUCACGCGUAUGUCGAUGAUCAUCAAAGGAUAUCCGGAGGACGUGCUUCUCCCAGGUGGAUUGCAUAUGGCUGUUAAUAAAGGUAUCUCAAACCUGACUCUGAAGGAGACUGGCAUUCUUGUCGCAGCAUUGAAGGCGGGGACCAUGAGCAUCAAAAAGUUUCUGAAGCUAAGCAAGCUAAAGUCCUCACUUCUGAGUGCCCAGUACUGGAGGGUUCACCUCCUGCAGCAGAUUUGGUUCACACCACUGGACACUAAGCAGAGUAUAGCUGCAACAAAAGUCAAAGGGAAAACAUCGAAGAAAGCAUCAACACUGCCUCCUUCCGACAACGAGUCUGACAAUGAACGAAACACGGCUGCAUCUGUCCGCCCUAAACCUCCCCCCUCCCGAGAGUUCAGAGUCGUUGCACGCCCAACGGGCCAGAAGAUGGUGAAGGAGGUCAUCUUGGUAUCUAGCGAUUCUCCGUCUGGCUCAGAGGACCCAGAUGAAGACAUGGAGCAAGCAGCGACUCACGACACCGACUAUGAAGAUGAUGUUUCGUCCAAGAAGCGGAAAGCGAAAUCAGAGGGCACCUCACGAGCAUCCAAGAAGAGGGUCUCGCCAUCUGUUGCAAAGAAAGUUCGACCUAGGCCUAAGGCCAAGGGACCCGCCGAGAGGAGAACACCACUGGAGACUGCUGAGCCCUCCGGUGAUGAACAUGUUCAAGAUGUGACAGUGCGAGUCCAACCUGCCAAACGUCUGUGUGAUGCAGCCCAAGAACAUCCUGUGACCGCGAAUCCCCUCAUAGAUAACAAUGCUGCCGUCAUCUCCAAGAGCCUCCCCACACGUUCCUCGUCACCCUCCCCAACUCAUUGUGAUUUGAAGGACUUAGUCCUGGACAACGUUGUGCGUGCCGGAUCUCUCGUGCCAGCUUCUAAGUCACCUGCCAUGCAACCUCCAUCCCUCCCACGUGGAGAACCUCUUCUGCCGGCUGCUCCGGCACCUAUCGUGCAACCUCCAUCUGUCCAGUUUGGGGAAUCUCUUGGGCCGGCAAUGCAGGCACCCAUCAUGCAACCUCCAUCCGCACAGGCACCCAUCGUGCAACCUCCAUCCACCCAACGUGGGGAAUCUCUUGGGCCGGUACAACCUCUAGCUACGCACCAUGGGCACAACAUGAGACUGGGGAUGUAUGGUCAAUGCCCAAGGGGUCCAAUGCCAUCACACUAUGGACCUGGCUAUGCCCGGUACCUGCAGUCCGAAUAUUAUCAUGAUUCUUGCAUCCCUCACGAUCCUCGCAUCCCUCACACUCCUCAGCCCCCACAUGGUCCUCAGCCCCUGCAUGGUCCUCAGCCCCCACAUGGCCCUCAGCCCCCGCACAGCCCUCAAUAUCACAGCGGCUAUUACAAUGCUCCCUACCGCGACUCUAGAGAUGGUUUUGAGGGUUAUGUCGAGAGCUAUUGGCACCCUCCAAGUAGCUUAUAUUAUGGUCUGGGAGGCAGAUAUCAGCAUGGGUAUGGGCGUGAGUACCCUAACAAGUAUCCUCAGGACCCGGAGGAUGGAGGACAAGCUCCUUAG